AUGGACUUCAAAGACAGCGAAGAUUACAAACGCUACGCCUCUAGAAAUGGUCGCCCUGAUGAUAAACUACCGCCACUUGACUACCAGGAUGGAUCCCUACACCUCGUCCCCGGAGAGAUCUAUUGCCGAUGGCGCGAGGACAUCAGCGGAGUUCUUUGCGAGGGUAGUGAUAGAAAAGUCGAAAAUUCCCUCCGACAACACUACGAAAGAGUUUAUGGUGCACCACUCGCGGGGAAAUAUCCGACCAACGGAGAAAGAAACCAAGCAAGGAUUUCGAGAUGGUACGCAGACGUUGUCAACGGACUUCUACCCUCCUGGGCGCGUUCUGUCCAGGUGGUUCGACUGGCCGUUCAGGACCUACCCAGGGGCAGUGAAGCAAACCAAAUGGACUACCAGAGUGCAGUCAGACUCACUCGUCUAUUCAACGAGCAUGGCCCAGACAUGCCAUCAAAGGUCAGCGAUGAGCUGCGUCGUCUACUUAUCGACGGUGCGUUCCAGCACACAAAUGGCUCCCAUCAACGGGCUAUCAAGCACCAGAUCAGCAUGGAAAUAUUUGAUGCAGCCAACAACGAGCCUAAGUGGAUGAACAUAACCUACGAACGGUGGUUCAUCUUGGUCGGUGUGUAUGGUGUCAAGACACUCCGGCGAGAGUGCAAGGGCAUCGUCAACGCCGUCCUCACCCGGCGCGGAGAUGAGCUCGAUAAGAGCUUGACCUACAAGCACGGCUCGGACGACGGCAAGCCACACUCUAGUACUUUGAUCACGAAGUUGACUGACACGGUCUCGAAGCAGCAGAAGGCCAUUGAUCGCUUCGAAAGCACCGUCAGCAGACUGUCUGGUGGUAACUACUAA